CUAAUCUCAACUAACAUAAGGGUUGCAAGAUCAGUAACCAUUGAGAAUCUUCUACUUGGCUGGAGCAAGUUGUGAUGGGAAUCAAUGAGAGUGGUGACAUCAAUAGAAGAAUCCCAUUAUAAUCUUCUUCUAAUAAAUCUAUUACUGUCAUUGAUUCUCAUCACAACAUGUUCUAACCUACGAAGAUGGACAUAUAAACAUCACAGCAUGGUCUAACCUAAGAAGAUGGACAUAUAAACGUUAAAUCAGACAAUACAUUAGAUACGUUGAAGUUAAGGAUACAGCUGAUAACAGGGGCCAAAAAAAGAAACAAGAUACAUGUAAUAUAGAAUGAUAUUUGAGACAUAUGGUUGCACCAGGGAGAUUCAAAAGGCAAAAGAGCAAAAUUUAGUAGAGACAACACUCCUCGCAGAACUACAUAGGCAUGCCUUAUGCCUAGUCUUUGAACUGAUACCAAAGGCAGCACAUUCCACCUACCUAUACCUUACCUAGACAAAAAGCUUCUACUUCAGAACACUCCUUUUUUGUCAUGUCUGCACCUGCAGCACCCACUUUCAAACCUGUGCAAGUUUGAGUUGGAGUGAGAGUGACUUGAACAUUUACAGCAACAUUCCACUUCUGCUGAAGUUGUUUCCCAACUCAUUCAUGGCCUCAACAGCUGAACCACUUCCUUAUACCUCAAGAACAAGAGAUGAGUCAGAGUUCAAUUUGAGAGAAUGGGCAGUGAAAGCUGGAAUCAGCCGUGAGAACACCAACUCAAGAAGGUACUCAGGAUCUUAUAUGAGAAGCUUCAGAGAAGACACAAGGUCAUUCAGAUCAAACAUAGCCAUUUCCAGCACGGCUUCUUCACCUGGAUACCCCUUAAAAGAUGAAAUAGACCCUUCAACAUAUUCUUUUACUACUGCUCUUAAAGCAUUGCAAGCAAGGGCAGGUUAUAACAGUUGGGAAUGCUUAUCUCCAGAUGGUUUUGCUCUAAAUUCCAAGUGGAAUGAAGCAGAAAGGUAUAUAUGCAACCCUCUCUCGGGGGAGGUACCAUUGGAGUGUUUAUCAGCAAAAACUCUUAGUGGAAGAUCAUUUAGAAACUCUAUAAACAGAAUUGCCAUGUCUGCUCCUUUAGUUUAUUCCUCAAAACACAUUCCAACAAAGCUAGCAACUUGCUCACAAGAAGAUGUGGCUCUUCAAUUUCCCAGUCAAGAAAAGAAGAAAGAGGGUAUGACAAGAGAUGUGGGUGUUCAAAGCACACCUCCUUAUCUUAGCUCAAGCAGUCCAAGCCCUGCUUCUACUCCAUCCAUCAUAGAGAGAUCGAAAACUAGACCUUCUGACUCACCUAAUUCAUAUGCAAAAACCAAAUCUGAGGAAGAGGUGGAAGUGAAGGAAAAAGAAACAUGGGAGACAAAAGAAACAGAAAGAGAAAAGAAGGAACUUUGCAAACAAGGUGGUGGUGGUUGCUUUUGGUGGAUGAGAAAGAAAAGGCAGAGAGAGAGAAAGAAAGACAAAGAAGGAAUAACAUCUUUCUCACUCUCUUCAAAAGAUAAAGAGCCUGAAAAUAUGAUAAAGGGUGUACGUGCUGUGAGUGCAUGAUGCUUCAUUUCAGAUUCUCUUUCUCUCUCUCUUACUACAGCAGCAAUUUUAUUUUGCCGUGUUUUAAAGGAAAUAGAAAAGUUAAGAGCAAUUGCAAAUUACAAUUAUGAAGGGAUGUGUGUGUCGCUCUCUUUCUCUCUCUCAUGGUCCAUUUUUUUGUGUUCUUUGUUAAAUGGUAAGUGAUAUAUGCCAUGUUGUGUUCUUGUGGUUACAUUUGGCCGACAGCUUGGGCUUCACGUGCAUGCUUUCUUUCUGCACUUUGAAUCCGUAGAUUCUUAUCCCUAAUUUGGUCUUACAAGUCAAAUUGUUAAACAACUUGUCAAAAUAUAUAUAUUUACAAGUUUAUUGAUGCAA